AUGGGAGCUGGGAUGAAGGACUUCCGAAUGAGGUGGCAGCCUUUAAUUCAGAAACAGCUGGCUAGAAUGGAAAGCUUAGAACACGAGUUACUCAAUGAUUCUGACACUGGAAAACUGUCGGUUACGGGACAGUAUCUCUUAGAUGCGGAAGUGAAGAAGUUGAUGAAGCUAUUUGAAGAAAUGUCCAGCAAUCACAAACAAAUUCACGGUUCUAUAUCCAAAUGCGGUCGGGAGUUGGACAAGAACUUUCAGAUCGAGCUGAAUAACUUGAUAAAGAAUCAGAAAGACUUCGAGACGGAUCCAGAAACCUUCCAGAAGGUGAAUUGUCUGAUAUUUGAGCAUCUCUUGAGUCUUGGACGUAUUGAUGUUGCCAAUACAUUUGCGAAGGUAAGUUUUAAUACAAAUUGUUUUAAUAAUGUUUUUAGGAAUCAGAACAACAACUCGAGGUGCCAAAACAUUGUGAUAUAAAGCUGUUUGAGAAUGUAAUGGUGCCGUUCAAAGAAAGAAACUUCCUGCCAGCGAUCGAAUGGAUCAAAGUUAAUGCUCCUUACAAGAACGACCUGCUGUUUAAGUUACAUCGACAAGUCGUGCUGAAUUUACUUGAAGAAGGCAGGUUUUGUUUGUAUUUUUAAAGGGAUUUUCUUUGACUGUAUGUUGUUUUAAAUUUUCGAGUAUAAUGUUUUACAAAUUUUAGGAAAAAAGUCAUCUGCACUUGCGUAUUGUAAAAACAUACAGGGCUUUGCCAAUGAAUUUUCAAAUGAGAUCUCUACAUUGAUGUUUGUUGUCGUACAUUAUCCGAACGUAGAUAGGUACAAGAACCUAUUUUUGAACGGAGUAUGGUUGGAACUGGAAGAUGAGCUUUCUCAAGUACUUUGUCAGCAUUCUGGGACCAUUUUGUCAAAGCUGUAAGUUAAUUUUUAUCAGACUGAAGGGCCACUAGUAAACAAUUAUUCAAUAGGUAAUCGUUAGGGGUGAGAAAAAAAAGUUUUAAGGCCUGGCCCAGGCCCGGGGGCCCAACGUUUAGGCCCGGCCCGUUUUCAAUUUUCUCUCAGGCCGGCCCGGUCAGAAAAUUUCUAGGCCCGGCCCGUUUUAAAAAAUUUUAAAACUUAAAAAAUAAACGGAAAUUUGGCUUUGCAUUGUUCUUUUAGAUCAUUUAUGUUUCAUGGUACCCCGGGGAUUAAAAUACAAAAUUUUUAAAAAUCAAAAAAUUUUUUUUUCGGGCCCGGGCCCAAUUUUCAAGCCCGGCCCGCGGGCCGGGCCUAACCUUUGGGCCCGGCCCGUUUCAAUUUUAGCUCAAGGCCGGCCCGGCCCGAUCGUAGGGCCGGGCCGGGCCUAGACGGCCCGUUUCUCACCCCUAGUAAUCGUAAAUUUUAUUAUAUUUUGAUUUUUACAUCUCGGCUCCAUUUAAUCAUCACUAAAAACUAAGACUUCUACUUUUAGAAUUGACGUCGGUGCCAACGCGAUUCCAAAACUGCUGGAACUUCGGAAGUUCAUCGCAAGACGAACAUCGAAUGGCUGGCUGACAGAUGAGCUGCCAACAGAAGUUUCCAUCACAGAGCACGUUCACUCCACCUUCACGUGUCCAAUAUUGAAGGUACAGACAACUGACGACAAUCCCCCUAUCAGACUUCGAUGUGGCCACGUGAUCAGCCAAGAGGCCAUGUCCAAACUUCUGCACAGCUCACGAUCUCAGAAGCUGAAGUGUCCCUACUGCCCCGAGGAAUGCACCGAAAGCGAAACGAAACGCCUUUUCUUUUGA